ACAGAGUCAACCUAAUUCUAUUGGCUGUGAAGAAAGACCUCCCCAAUCUGGUGCUUCACUCGACAAAUCCAACACUACGAAACCAGCCCACUGGAACAGAAGAAGAAACCAACAAAAUUAAACCAUGGAACUAUACCAAAAAAAAAAAAGAAGAAGAAAAUCGAGUUCAGACAUACAUAUUCAUAUGCAUAUAUACAAUUACCAAAUGCUUGGAACAUGUGUUUGAAGCUCAAGCAAAUAAAGUACGAGAGAAAUGAAGUUCAGAGGAGGACGAUCGAUUAUGAUGGCCGCGGCGACGGCUAGUUUCACAAAACGCUGCGUUUCUAGCUCGACCAGAGCUGCUGCUGCUGACUGGUGGGACCAUGUGAAGGCUGCUUCUAAGGACCCCAUUGUUGGCGUCACUGAAGCUUUUCUUGCCGACCCAAGUCCUAAGAAGAUCAAUCUUGGAGUGGGGGCUUACAGGGACGACGAGGGCAAACCUGUCGUUCUACAAUGUGUAAGGGAUGCUGAGGCCAAGAUUGCCGGUUGCGAUUUCUUGGAGUCAAUUUCUGCUGCAGCCACUUCAAAAUUUAUUCAAGGAAGUUUAGAAUUGGUCUAUGGAAAGGAUUCAAAUGUUAUUACUGAAGGUAGAUUUGCUGGAAUCCAAGCCCUGUCUGGUACUGGAGCAUGCCGUCUCUUUGCUGAGUUCCAGAAGCGUUUUUAUCCUGAAUCACGAAUGUAUUUAUCUAAUCCAACUUGGUCCAACCACCACAAUAUAUGGAGAGAUGCUCAUGUUCCUCAGAGAACCUUCAACUACUACCAUCCUGAUACGAAGGGUUUGAACUUUGCAUCACUUUUGGAUGAUAUCAAGAACGCCCCAGAAAAUUCUUUUUUCUUACUCCAUCCUUGUGCACACAAUCCAACCGGGGUUGACCCUACUGAGGAACAGUGGAGAGAAAUCUCAUAUCAGUUUAAGGUCAAAAACCAUUUCCCCUUCUUUGAUAUGGCUUAUCAAGGUUUUGCUAGUGGGGAUCUUGACAAUGAUGCCAAAGCUAUUCGGAUUUUUCAUGAAGACGGACAUUUAAUUGGUUGUGCUCAAUCUUUUGCAAAGAAUAUGGGAUUAUACGCGCAUCGAGUUGGUUGCCUCAGUGUACUUUGUUCCAAUGCAAAGCAAGCAGUUGCAGUCAAAAGCCAACUACAGCAAAUUGCCAGAGCAAUGUAUAGCAGUCCUCCUAUUCAUGGUCUAUUACUAGUCUCAACAAUCUUAGCCGAUUCAGAUAUCAAAUCACUGUGGAUCAAAGAGUUGAAGGUAAUGGCAGAUCGCAUUAAAAAGAAACGAUCUACUCUACGCGAUUGUCUUGAGAAAUUAGGUUCUCCUUUCAACUGGGAACACAUUACUGACCAGGUUGGAAUGUUCUGCUUCUCUGGUUUAUCCCCUGAUCAAGUUGAUAUGCUAGCUAGAGAAUUUCAUAUAUACAUGACUGAUGAUGGUCGCAUGAGCAUGGCAGGUGUGACCUCGGGCAAUGUGGAUUAUUUAGCAAAUGCUAUACAUCAAGUCACAUGUUGUCAUCAAGAAUCCAUGGAUGUCUAUAACAUUCUUUAAUAACUAAUUAUGGUGCUUGCCAAAAUAGUUUUCUUUUGAUGAUUCUUUGUAAAGUAGCUAUCCCCGACACAUUCGAAAUCACGUUGGAAUGCUACUUUGGAAAGAAGAAUUAAAAGGAAUGUCAUUUUGCAAAAUAAUAUUAAAAAAUGACAAUUUUCACCUUUUAUACAUCUAUUGCUUAGCCUAAAAGAUACGAACUCUUUUCUCACAUGGUUUUCUAAUCAACUGAGAAAGGAGUAGAAUACUAUAUAUAACCUAGAAGAUAAGUAAUCAUCAUUCUUGUUUUUACAUAUUAUGAAAAAAAGAUGAAGAAGAAGAAGUCAAUUGUUUCUCUCAAA